GCAUUCCUGCGGAAGCAUAUUGAUUUUACAGCACAGCUAAGCAUGUGGAUGUUUUAUUUUUUAUUUUUUUUUUAAAAAAGUUGGUGGGUUUUGGUGCAGUUGGUUUUCUUUGGUGCUCUUUCUUGGCGCCGUUAUUGACCACCACGACCAGACCUGGGGCAUUUUGCUAACUAUUAAACAAAGGCAUUUAUCCAUCCGAGUCUUUAUUUACUUGUAUUGUUUUAGUCUUUGCGACUUCGUGUUGGAAUUACUGUGUUCUUUAUUGAAUUUCCUCCUCUUAACUGGUAAAUUGACAAACACAAGGUGGGCUUUGUUUAGUCAACUAUUUUUUUCGAUUGAGAAUAUUUGUUGUUCUUCUUGCUUGGAUGAUUUUGAUUCCAUUACAUUUCAACUGGGUUUUUCUUUUUUGUAUUAGUUGAUCCAUGGGUUCUUGUUUGACUCUCCAUAUCCAUUCCUAAGAUUUUGGAUUUUACAAUCUCUCCAGUUCCUACUUGUUAUAUUGUUGGAUUUGGAUUGAGUUGUUGCAUCCUUCAAGUUUUGGUUUCUGGGUUUUUGGGUUGUAGAAUCUUUGUUGGUUGAAACAAGAUUGAAAAAAUGAAAGGGAAAACUGGGGUAGUAGGAAGUCACUUUGUGCUGAACACAGGAGCCAAAAUCCCUGCCAUUGGACUUGGAACAUGGCAGAGUGGUGGUGACCUCUGCGUUGAAGCUGUGAGAACUGCCCUGUCUGUUGGUUACCGUCAUAUAGACUGUGCACAUCUUUAUGGUAACGAGAUUGAAGUUGGGGAAGCACUGGGCGAAGCAUUCAAUGUUUCACUGAAGAGGGAGGAUGUUUUCUUGACUUCUAAGCUCUACUGUACUAUGAAUUCCCUUAAUAAAAUUGAAAAUUAUGUGAGGGUUUCGCUUAAGAAUCUUGGAGUCUCGUAUUUGGAUCUUUAUUUGAUGCAUUGGCCUGAUAGCUCGGCUUUUGGUGAUGCAACUGAUCCUCCUUCGAAGUCGGGGAGUGAGCAUAGGCAGUUUUUGAAUCGGUUGAAGCAAGCAUGGAAAGCCAUGGAAGCUCUUGUUGACUUGGGUCUUGUGAGAGCUAUCGGUGUCAGCAAUUUCAGUGUCCAGCAGAUCAAAGAGCUGCUGAAAUUUGCGAAAGUGGUGCCUGCUGUCAAUCAGGUUGAGUUGCAUCCUUUUUGGAGGCAAGAAGAACUGGUUAAGUUCUGUCAAUUGAAGGGUAUUCAUGUAUCUGCUCACACACCAUUAGGGGUUCCCACAUGGAGCCCUGGACCAUCUGAUAGCGGAUCAGGGGAAGAUGAACCUGGCACUCCUCGCAUAUCAUUCAGGAGGUCAAGAUCAGUACAUGGGCCCAUGCUGAAAUUGUGUGUUGUCUCAGAGAUAGCAGAAAGACACAAGAAGACACCUGAACAGGUUAUUUUACGGUGGGGAAUGCAGAGAGGCACCAGUGUCUUACCUUGUAGCCUUAAGUCGGAUCGCAUAAUGAAAAACAUAGACAUUUUUAGUUGGUCUCUGUCUGAUGAUGAGUGGGACUGCUUGAAUAAGACUGAGCCACAGGUAUGUUUAUUUGGAAAUGGUCCUCUAAAUAAUCUCUCGGACAGUGGCUACAUGUUUGGUGGUGGUCCCCUUCAAGCUGUGCGUGAGAUAGAAGAUGACAUGGAGUCCAAUGCCUGAUAUUUAAUACUAAUUUUCUUGAGAUAGUGUUCCAUUUAUGUUAAAAGAUGUCAUCAUGUUAUGAGUGCUCAUUGGUCGUAAGAUUUUGAUUUCGUGGAUGCUGAAUAGGAAAUCCAAAGUGAUAUUGUUAUUGAUUGAAAUCAAAUUCUUCCCUCCGUAAAUACAGUUGUGUUUGUAUC